CAGCUUGCAGAUAGGUAAAAGGUGUUCGCUGUGCGGGAUCGUUGUCGUUCUCAGCACGAGAUAAUAUUAUUGCUCUACACAGCCACACACACAGACACACGCACAGACACACACAGACAGCCACACACACAGAUACACACACAGACACACACACAGACACACGCACAGGCACACACAGACAGCCACACACACAGAUACACACACAGACACACACAGACAGCCACACACACAGAUACACACACAGACACACACACAGACACACGCACAGACACACACAGACAGCAACACACACAGAUACACACACAGACACACACACAGACACACGCACAGACACACACAGACAGCCACACACACAGAUACACACACAGACACACACACAGACACACAAACAGACACAGACACACAGACAGGUAAAGGGCAGGGAAGUGAUCAUUGUUUGGAACCAUUUUCUCACUCACAACACAACAGCAGCAAAGAACGCUUCUAUAACUCUCUCUGUCACACACACACAUUUUGUCUCACACAUACACUCUCUCUGUCUCACACACACACACUGUCUCACACACACACACACUCUCUGUCACACACACACACUCUGUCUCACACACACACUCUGUCUCACACACACACACUCUCUCUCUCUCUGUCUCACACACACACUCUGUCUCACACACUCUCUCAAACAACAACAACAAUCAGUUUUACUUUUCAGACUUGCAACAGAGAUUUACACACACACAUGGACUAUUGACACACACACACACACGGAAUAUUGUCACACACACGAAGGGGGGGACUACCGGACUAGUGAGGAAGACACGGGCCGUUGAUCGAGUGACCUCCACCCAUCCAGCAGUAGAUUUGACAAGAGGUCUCUGUAUCACACAGUAUAUAUAUAUACACAUAUAUACACACACACAGUAUAUAUAUACACGCAUAUAUACACACACAGACACACACACACGUCAAACAAGUGAUUUGUUUCAGCCGGGACGCUCUGGAAACGCCGUUCCAUAAACCGUUGAGUCCAAUCCAAAAUCCACUCGCGUCUCGUUCGCAUCUCGACGAAGAAUCCGACGCUUUGACAACAACCCGCGCGCCAUCGCCCUCCCCUAACGCGUGCGGCCAUGGCGGACGCGGACGGGUGGGAGCAGUACACGGUGACCCUGACCAGGGCGCCCGGCGCCGGCUUCGGCAUCGCGGUGUCGGGCGGGUGCGACAACCCGUACUUCCCGAGCGGCGAGGCUUCCAUCGUGGUGUCCGACGUCCUGCGGGGGGGCCCCGCCGACGGCCUCCUGCGGCGCCUCGACCGCGUCGUGGCGGUGAACGGCGCGAGCGUGGAGAACGCCGAGCACGCCCACGCGCUCCAGCUGCUCCGCCGGAGCCCCGCGACGGCGCGCAUCGUCGUGCUGCGGCGGGCCGAGCGGGCCGAGCGGGCCGGCGGGUCGCGCCUCGCGGCCACCGCCUGGCGACGGCCGUACGGCGACGACGACGACGACGAUGAGGACGACUGCGACGACGUGAGCCGGAUCGUGGCCGUCCACCCCGACUUCGGCGACGAGGCCGAGGAGCGGCGCGGCCGGCGGCUCGGCGUGGGCCGUGACGAGAUCGCUCGCAGCUGGGAGCGCGGCCUGGACGGCGGCGGCGGCGACCGGAGUGGCGCGGAGCGGAGAGGAGAGCGGGGCGCGGAGCGCGGUCCGGUCUGUGGUGGCGGCCGGCUCGGACGCAGCUGGGACUGCGGCCUGGACCGGGGUAGGGAGGCGAGCCUGGACCGUGACCUCAGCCACAGCUGGGAGGGCGGUUUGGACCAAAUCUCUGGGUCGAGGGGCGGGGAUCGGAGCCGGGAGCGCGGCGGCGUUGGGGGCGGCUGGGACCGGGGCCCCGACGGAGGCGCAGAGCGGGGUCCGGACCGCGGGCGCACCUACAACCGGGGCCUCAGCCGAUCGGUGGGGGACCUGAUUUCUACGUCUCCCGUGCGCCGGACUCGCCUCGUCACGGUCACGCUGGCGAAGGGCAAUCGCUCUGGAGGCUACGGCCUGAGCCUGGGCAGCAAGAUCUACGUGAAGGGCGUUGGCAGCGAAGGGGCGGCCGCCCGGGACGGCAGCGUUCGGGAAGGCGACGUGGUGCUGAAGAUCAACGGCGCCGCCACCGACAACAUGUCGCUGGGCGACGCUCGCAAGCUCAUCGAAGGGUCCGGGGGGAGGCUCAAGAUGUCCGUGCACCGCGGCGCGGGGAAGACGCUGACCAACAUGCCGCUGCUGGACGACAGCCCCUCCUCGUCAGACGGAUACGACUAGAUGCGGGCAGCGGAGGGUGGGGAUGUCCGGCCGGGUCGGCAGCCGGUUAGCCCUGCCGGUUUGAUCGCCGGUUCAAAGGCGACUCUUCCGGCGUGGUCGGGUUCAGCGUUCGGUUAUCCCACCGAUCGUCGGUUUUAAAGCCUCCUCCGCCCCAGUCAAAUAGAGACGCUACCCUUGAGUGCGGCACCUCUCAACGUCGCAUCACUCCACAGCUCGCGUGCUCACCCCCAACCCAAGACAGCUGGAACGUCGCUGGCCCGGCGCGUAAACGACCGUUUGCCCGACCCGCGAGCAACGCGCGAGCACCGAGGGCAAAUCGGUGAAGGGCCAGGGGUGGGGGAUGACGGCCGUCCUGCCCGGGGGGUGGGGGGUGGGGUUUGGAUGGCCACCAAUCGGCACGGAGAAGCAGAGUUCGUCGGUCCCAGUUUUGCGAGCAGGAGCAGGGUUCUCGUUGCCACAAUAAAUGUAACGAGGAUAAAGUUGGAACAAAUUUUUAGGUACGAUGAUCGUGAUUGAGAUAAUAGUGGGGUCAUUAUUAUUAUUAUUAAAAGUGGUGUAGUUAAUUUGAAAGGGGAACAGGCGAGAGUGGUUUAGGAGGGGUAGUGAUCGGGGCUGGUAGUAGAGUUGUGACAGGGUGGGGGGCU